AUGUCAAGAUCUACAAUCAAUCUGAGUCGAUCAAUAAUCGCAUCUUCAUCACGUUCAAUAUCGCAACCGAAAUAUAGCUCCACAAUAGUCAAAAGAUCUUUGACGAGUUCAUCGAAAUGUGCCAUUGCCACUUCUUCGUCCUCUGCCUUCACAAGAUUCAGGUCGAAUAACGGCAGUGAAAUGAGGAGGAAGGAUGUGAUACUAAGCGGAAUGAGACAACAGCGUCGGACAAUGUUCAUUCAAACUGAAACUACACCAAAUGAAGCAUCACUGAAAUUUAUUCCAGGAGUGCCCGUAACUCAAGGAGGAACACACGAAUUCUUAGAUCUAAGAUCAGCAUUACCAUCACCACUAGCGACUCGUCUGUUGACCAUAGAAGGUAUCACUGGUAUUUUCUUUGGACCAGAUUUCGUUACUUGUUCAAAAGACGAAUCUUUUCAAUGGUCAAUACUCAAACCCGAAGUAUUCGCAGUCUUAAUGGAACAUUUUUCAUCUGGUAAACCCCUGUUCAAAGAAGGUCAAGAAGAAUCAACCGCUGAAGAUACAAGAAUAUUAGAAACCGAUUCUGAAAUCGUUGGAAUGAUAAAAGAAUUAUUGGAGACAAGAGUUAGACCCGCUAUUCAAGAAGAUGGUGGUGAUAUUGAAUAUAAAGGUUUCGAAGAAGAUACAGGUAUCGUUAAAUUGAAAUUAAAAGGAAGUUGCAGAGGUUGUUCAUCAUCUUCUGUAACAUUGAAAAAUGGUAUCGAGAGGAUGUUGAUGCAUUAUGUACCGGAAGUACAAAGUGUAGAGCAGGUCCUCGACGAAGAAGAAUUAAUCGCAUUAGAAGAGUUCUCAAAGCUUGAAGCUAGAUUAGAGAAACAGAAAAGUAAUGAACCCAAAAAAUCAGAGUAA